AUGCCUGACAGUGCUGGUAACGUUCCACAACCACCGGGUUUAUCUUACGGGGGUAUACCAUAUGGUAGUAUAUCUGGUCAAUUGUCUCUUUAUUUUGGUGAUUACGAGCCAAUAAUAUCAGUGCCAAAAACAAAAGAUAACGAUUCAAUAAUACUCGACAAUGAUUUACAAUCGUUGUGA